UAAACCUCUUCUUCCUUGGCCCCCAUAACCUUUUCGAAUUGAAGACCAACAAUGGGAAGGCUUCGAGCAAAGAGCGACUACGAGGAUCUCAGAAAUGCUCGAAUCUUGGAAAAUCAGAAUCGCUUGAAAACACUUGGACUGCAAAAAACAAUAUCAGACCUUCGUUCCGUUGUUUCAUCUUCAAGUCCACCGAAAACCCAAGUUAGAAACUACACCAAAAAGGUAUACGAAACCGGGUCUUUGCGGCGAUCAAACCGGUUGAAGCAAAUAUCCUCUCUAACAAUAACUCCCAAGAGAACUUCCUUACGACGCUCUAGUCGUUUGAGAGGGAAUGGAAAACCAUGCCAUCCCAUUACAGGGAAGAAGCGUGUUGUUGAAGACCAUGAAGAUGAUUCUCCUAGGCCUGCAAAUAUGCCUUUGGUCGUGGUAAAAGGUUCGAAAGAUGUUCAACUAUCGCCCGAGGCGUUGACACUACGGUGCAGUAGCAGGGGCAGAGGCGGUGUCUAUGACCCUCUGUUUGGAAUUUGCUGCCAUUUCUGCAGGCAGAAAAAACUGUGCGGCGAAGAAGAUUGCAAGAGAUGUAGUAAUCUUGAUAUGGAUGAACCGUGCAUUGGAAAGACGGAUUGUUCAGUUUGUCAUUCUAGCCAUGGCGUUUUUUGUCGAGGUUGUCUGAAGGUUAGAUAUGGUGAAGAGAUGGAGGAGGUGAUAAGGAAUAAAGAGUGGAUGUGCCCUCAUUGCAUAGAAGAGAAAGGGAUAAAAUCUUACUGGAUAUGUAACAGUUCGAUUUGCCUAAAGAAGAGAAACAUGGCUCCAACUGGGUUAGCAAUAUAUAGAGCUCAAGAGCUGGGAUACAAAUCGGUAGCUCAUCUUCUAAUGGAUCAGCUCCAAGGAGUAAUCAAGCGGCGCAAGUCCUGAGGAUAUGAUUGUAUAGUACCAUUGCUAUCAAACGCACCCGUAGGACUUAACCUUUUAGCAGGAUUGAUUUUGCUUGACUUUGCUAGGAAAAUGUUCUGAUAAUCAAUUUGAUUUUGAAGUGUUCUUAUUAUCGAUGAUGUUCCUUUCCUCCGGAAACAUUUUAGUUAGGAGAGAAGAAUCUGUCUUGAGUUUUUAUUGUGACUAAACUCCUCCACCUUUUUGAUGACAAUGAGAAGCACUGAAGGAUGUUGGAACUU